AGGUAGUCAUCUCAACUUUUGCUCUAUAUAUAAAUUAACAUUCACAACACCUUAAUUACCUGUGUGAAUUUUAAGCCCAAGUUAAAGAAGUUUUGCAUAUAUAUGGCCGUUAAUUACUGUAUUAACUUUACAAGCUAGCUCCAUUUUGUGAAGAUGGUUAGAUGAUCCUUCACUUACUAGCCUGCUGCUACGACAAGUUCGAGAUGGGUUAUGGAGCUGAUCAUUAGCCGAUUUGGUGCUAGCUAGGAGUGAAAAUCAUGAAACCAUUUCAGUUUGAUCUUAAAGUUCUUGAUGAUAAGGCAUCUCAAAUGAGCAAUUCUGUCACAAUAUCAUCUAACAAAUCCAUCCAUGGCAUACUCUCUCAACUCUUGCCAAACCCCACAACAUCCCAUCAUGACCAGCCAAGUUCAGUGCCAAUUUCACUUGAUCUAUCUCUGAGCUUCAACUCUACACCCAGCCCUUAUGAAGGAAAAGUUGCAAACACCCAAACAGAAGGGUCUGCCCAUUCAAGACCUUAUAGGUGCAAUUUCUGCCACCGCAAAUUCUACAGCUCACAGGCUCUUGGGGGUCACCAGAAUGCCCAUAAGAGGGAACGGUUUAUCGCCAAACGAGCAACCCGAAGGGUUCUGUUCUCCGGCGCUUCUCUGGCUAGACGGUCGAAUAACAAUAGCUGGAGUCGUUUUGUUUUUGCUGGAUAUGCAGACAACAAUGGUGAUAUAAGGACUGCAUUUCCGAGGAAGGUUGAUCAGCCUCCACUUGAUCUUACAUUGAGGCUUUGAAUCGAUAUAAGAAGACCUUUGUUACGUGGCUUAUUAGUUGGUUAGUCAUCUGCAGGUUAUUAGUAUAUUCUUGCAAUUGGAAUGUGAGCUUGCCUUGUUUCUAAAUUCAAAAGAUGGUUGGCCGUCAAAUAUAGACAACAAGUCUAUGUUAUUUUGCAUUUCAUAUAGGCAAAUUCUACUUAAUCAUCAUAUAGU